CACAAAAUUUAUUUCAACAUAUAAAGAGAAAAAGUGUUAAUUUUCAAAGAUGUUAUAAAGAAAAUCAUAGUGUUUUAAAGAAAUUUUGGAUUUUUAUGAAACAAAAGGCAGAUGGUAAAUUCUUGAUUAAAUUUAGUUCCAGCACUUUAAUAACAUGGAAAUUAGUAAAUCAAAGAAUUAGUGUGUCUUGUGAAGUUAAAGCUGAACAUAAAUCUAGAUUAUUUGGCAUAGAUAAAGAUAUCAUGCAAGAAACAAAGUUUGACUGGAAACAAUUUUUUGAUUUGUUAAAACCUGAAAUAUGGCAUAUGAUUAUAGCAGUUUUAAGUGCAAUUGCUGUUGCAUAUUACAAUAUCCAAAUACCCGUAUUAUUAGGAGAUGUUGUAAAUGUUGUAUCAAGAUUUGUUAGUUGCUCUGGACAAACUGAAAUUGGAAAUUUUUUUCAACAGAUAAAAAACCCAUGUUUAAGAUUAUUACAUAUAUACUUGGCACAGAGUUUCUUCACUUUUUUAUAUAUAUCGAUGCUGUCAUAUAGUGGAGAAAGGAUUGCUUAUAAUAUAAAAAAAUCGCUAUUUAAUUCUGUUAUCAAACAAGAUAUAGCAUUUUUUGAUGCACACAAAACUGGAGAAAUUCUUAGCAGAUUAACUUCAGAUGUACAGGAAUUUAAAAGUUCAUUAAAACUUUGUAUUUCAUAUGGGUUAAGAAGUAUAACUCAGGCAUUUGGUUGUGUUGUUUCUUUAUAUUUUAUUUCCCCAAAAUUGACAACUUUAUUAAUCAUUGUGAUGCCAACUGUUAUUGGUAGUGGAACAGUUAUUGCUUCCUUUCUGCGUAAAUGGUCAAAAUUAUCUCAAGAACAAGUUGCUCGAGCUGCAGCAGUUGCAGAUGAAGCUAUUGGUAAUGUAAGAACUGUAAGAGCAUUUGCUAUGGAGGAUAAAGAAAUUGAAUUGUAUGAUCAGGAAAUAUUGAAAGCUCAGAAAUUAAAUGCACAACUUGGUGUUGGAAUUGGAGCAUUUCAGGGAGUUACAAAUCUUGUUUUGAAUGGAAUAAUUUUGGGAGUUUUAUUUACUGGUGGAUUUCUGAUGUCUUCACAAGAAAUUACUCCAGGAAGUUUAAUGUCUUUUCUUGUUGCAACUCAAACAGUACAAAAAUCUUUAGCACAACUUUCACAGUUAUUUGGAUAUUAUAUCAGAGGUAUUGCGGCAGGUAGUAGAAUUUUUCAGUAUAUGAAUAUGGAACCAACUCAUCCAUUAAGAAAAGGAAAAAUAAUUCCCAAAGAAGAAUUGAAAGGAGAUGUCAUAUUUAAUAAUGUCACUUUUCACUAUCCGACUCGCCCCUAUCAGAAUGUAUUGACUGAUUUUUCUCUCCAUGUACCAUCAGGAAAAAUUGUUGCAAUAUGUGGCUUAUCAGGUGGAGGUAAAUCAACUGUUGCUGCAUUAUUAGAAAGGUUUUAUGAUGUAUCUUCAGGAAGUAUCUUAUUAGAUGGUUAUGAUAUAAAGACUCUUGAUCCUAGUUGGCUAAGGGAAGAAGUCAUUGGCUUUAUUAGUCAAGAACCUGUACUUUUUGCAACAUCAAUUAUGGAAAAUAUUCGCUAUGGUCAUCCUAAUGCUACAGAUGAAGAGGUAGUGAAUGCUGCUAAAUUGGCUAAUGCUGAUGAUUUUAUAUGCAGUUUUCCUCAUGGUUAUCAUACAGUUCUUGGUGAGAGAGGCGUAACUGUUUCGGGAGGCCAAAAACAAAGAAUUGCUAUAGCUCGAGCAUUGAUAAAAGAUCCUAAAAUAUUAAUCUUGGAUGAAGCCACAAGUGCAUUGGAUGCUGAAUCAGAAAAAGUAGUUCAAGAAACACUUGAUCGUGUAAUAAAAGGAAGGACAGUCUUAGUAAUUGCUCAUCGACUAAGUACUAUACAAAAUGCAAAUAUUAUAGCUGUAUUAUCUCAUGGAAUAAUUGCAGAACUUGGAUCACACAAAAUGUUAAGGAAGAAGCGUGGUCUGUAUUGGGAAUUGAUUCGUCAGCAGCAUGAAUUUAAUGAAAAUCCUCCUUCGGUUGAAAAUUAAAAAGAAAUUAUUUGCUAAUGAUAUUGAUAACAAGUGAUGAAGUGAAAUUUAAAUGUAUAUAAUUGUUCAGAUUUUCAUUUAAUUAUUAAUGUAAAAAAUUUUCUAAAUCAUUAAGAAAUUUAUGGAAUGAAUUAUUUUUAUAUAAAA